ACACCACCGGAUCGAUGCGUCUGGUCUGUCAAUAGCUGUCACUCAAGGUCAACACACACACACACACACACACGCAUCCAUCGCAUCGCACACCGUUCUGUAAGUAAUUAUAACAGCCGGGGAGAGAGCGAGAAACAAACGGACACACACAUAGGAGAUCCCCUCAAGCAGCAGGUAAGAAUGUAGGCAGGCGGGUAGGUAGACACGAGAGGCAUCUGUCUGUCUGUCUGUCUGUCUGUCAGCCGACACACACGGACGGAUGAAGAAAUGCACCCACACCAACACAUCCACCACCAACACACACACACACACACACGCGCGCGCGCUCAUACUGGAAGCAGCUGUGCUGUGCUGUGUUGUGCUGCGCGUACGCGCACGUACACACUCACUGCACCAUGAAUGGAAUGAAUGGUACCGUAGCGCCGUGGGGCGGGUGGGUGGGCGGGCGAGAAACAAGUUACACAACCAACCACAUACACAUCGAGUCGAGCGAACCUCCCCGUCUCGGCUUCACACACACAGGUAUGCAUGCAUCGCCGUUAGAUAGACAAGUAAGUACCAUCACUCCCAUAUCGAGGACGAGAAAUGUACGCAGGCAGGCACUUAUAUAGCCAGCCCUGUCUGCCUGCCUCAUCGUAUGCAUCCCAUGCCAUGCCUUCUCAAGAUACAUACUGCGAACCAAACCAACGGUUGGCAAGUUAGGUUGGGUCGGUGUGUGUGCGAUGCGAUACGGUGCGACGGAAAAGCGGACAUCACGUCACAGGGUGGGUCGGUGGGGUGGGUGUCUGCACCGUCCUUCAAUCAGCAAGCAGGGCAAGUUAGUAUCGUGUGUGUGUUGACCAAACAGAGGUGAGGAAGAGAGGGAGGGACGAUCGGUUCUCUCCCUCUCGGUAUACGCAACACCAGCACGCCCCCCCCACCAACACAUGCAGCGCAAAAAAACUGCCACCGACCUCGCCCCCCACUGGCAAUCCCUCCCUCCCCGCCAGCCCACAGCGCUAUACCCAUCCCACCCACCCAGGCAUAGCCAACAGCAGCACUACCACCACCACCACCAGCAGCAGCACCAGCAGCAAAAACCGCUCACAACUACGGCCGUCUCCCCUGCCUCCCGGGCUCCCUCUCUCUCUGCGCCUCUCUGCCUGCCAAUUCAAUGUGCCCAUGUGUGUGUGUGUGUGUGUGUAUGUGUGUGUGCAAAAUCCACCAGCAGCAAGCAUCAUCCAUCGACCGACCGGCCAAGCAAGCAACCAACCUGGCUCACCCACUCAUUCACGCAUCCGCAGUGGGAAAAAUACGUGACGGUCUUCCUUCCGAGCCGAGCAGGUGUGACAAAAAGAGGGCCCCACACACAGACAGAAAGAGAGACAGACAGACAGAAAGAGAUAGGUAGAAGAGGGAGAUAGAUACAUACACACAUACACACAUACACGGAAUGCAAUGCGCACACAAAGAGAUCUUCGCUGGCUGGUUGGCUGCUUGAAAUCCAAGGCAAGGCGAAUUCAACCGUCUGUCUGAUCUGAUCUGCCUCCCAGUGGCCAAGCACCCCAUUGGCUGCUCUGCUCGGCUCGGCUCGGCUCGGCUCGGCUGGGCGGCCUGGACGCGCGCCUCGCUCACUCGCUGACAUGUAUGGACUGCCCUUAAAGCCUUCUGUCGUUCAAAAGCAAUACACUUGCAGGCACGCACACACCCACACCCAAACCCCCCUCCAAUGCAUGCCAAGCCAGCAAAUAUGCUCUCAAACACACGCACGACACGCACUCGACACAAGAAGCCGACCAGCCAACCAAGGGAUAUUUACAACAAACACACCAAACACACAGGCCGUGACUCCCUCGGUCGUUAUGAGCAAGUACCCACACCCCGCCCCGCCCAGCCUCCCCCCAACCCAGCCAGCCAGCCGAACCCGACCAAAAACGACCCACCCAGAGUAUCCCGAAACAAAACCACCGACUGCCCCAGUGUCCCCGGUUCCCUCCCUCACGGUGAAGUCUCGCUCUUGCCGCUCGCAGACUGACCGCUCGCCGUCGUGGCCUCGCCCCAACCCUUGUCUGGCGCGGCAACAGGCACCGCACCGUUAGUCGCCACACCACCAGCCACAGCCACACCACCGGCCGCAGCCGCACUACUCGCCCCCCGUGCACUGGACGGAGGUCUCGGCUUAGGCGGCCGUGAAGACGUGCCAGCCGCCGGGGGCGCCGAUAUGGUCAGCACGGGGGCGUUGUGGGCAGGGGCGAGGGAGAUGGGCGGGCUGAGCGGCACCGCGCCGUUGACGAUGACCGGCAGGGGGGUCUCAUGCUCGCUUUCCCGGUCCCACACGCUGGCCCCGUUGGUUGUGGUCUUGGGCACGGCCGAGCUCGGCCGGGAGCCGCCCCCCGACCCUCCUCUCUCAUACGAGUCGUAAAUUGGCACGGCAGACGCAGGCUGAGACGGGGUGGGGGUGGGGGUGCGCCGUGUGCGUGACCGUCCGAAGGGAAACCCGCAGCCCCGGUGAGGAGCGGGGUCCUCGUCGGGAUCUGGCGGCAGAGUGGGGCUCGAUGGCUCGCUCAUCUGGCAGAUCUGCCUGCCGUCGCCCCCGGGGGGGCUCACGCGGGGGUUGUCGGCCGACAGCCGAUGGGGGUCCGCAAUGGUGACGUGCAGGUCGGGUGUGCGGGGGUUUUUGCGACCACCCUCGCCUGAGGCUGAUGGUGAGAAGGAGCGGAAUGAGCGUGAAGGGCUGCUGGCGUUGGAGGCAGCCCCGAGGCUGCCCCCCUGCUUGACCAGACGGCGGAGCUUCUUGACCAGCCGCUGACACAGGCGGUUCUCUUCAUUGAAGAAACCACCCUGCACACCAGCCAGUGACCAACACACCGACACAUCCAUCCAGCCAUUCUCCCAGGCACCCCAUUCUCUCCGUUGUUUCUCUCUCACCACGUGAGCGUUGAUGGAGCCCUCCUCCGCCCCCCCUCUGGGCCUGAAGAGCUGCAGGGAUAUGGGUCCCUUGCGGCCCUCCAUCUUCUGCUGCAGCAGCUUGAAGGGCGUGUUGCCCGAGUCGUCAGGCUUGGCGGGGUCGGCGCCGCGCUCGACGAGCAGGUCUGCGAUGGCGUACUGGCCGAAGUAGACAGAGUACAUCAGGGCCGUCCGGCCGUGGCUGUCAGCCUGGUCGUAGUCCAGGUGUUGACCUGUGGUGGGUGGGAAGAGAGGCAAGAAACGCUUUGUUGGGUGUGUUUGUGUGUGUCUUGGGAGGGGCGUGUGGUGUGGUGUGGUGUGCACCCACCUUUGGCCAUGAUGAGGUUGGCCAUGGUGUGGUUGCGGCAGCGGAUCGAGGAGAUCAGCGGGGUCUCCUGACCGACCAACAGACCAAUCAGACCAAUCACAUGCAUCGUAUCGCACCGCAUCGUUUGUGGAUCCGUCCUUCACACACACACGUACCCCGUUCUUGGUCUCGGCCGCAUUGACAUCGGCCCCAGACGUCAACAACACCUCAGCAACAGAUGCCUGACACACACACACACACACACGCACACACACACAUAUCAACGACACACCUUCCUUAAUGUAAGGUGAUAUGAUGAUGAGCGUCCAGCCCACAGACACAGACAGACACACAUACCCACCCUGUUCUCGAGGCAUGCGAUGUGCAGUGCGGUCCUGCCCUUGCCGUCACGGAGGUCCACGUCCGCACCCUUACGCAGCAGCAGCUUGACACACUCAACGAAACCUACACACACACACAUGCAGGUGGAGUGGGCAAGGUGAGUGAGGCAGACAGACAGGCGGGGCGGCAUGUGCAGUGCCUAGUGCCUAGUGCUCAGUCCUCACUCACCCCCGUUGGAGGCCAGGUGAACGGCGGCCAGGCCGUCGUGGCCACGGGCGUUCACAUCCACACCUGACACACCGACCGACCGACCGACCAAUCCAUCUCUCUCCCUCUCUCCCUCUCGUGUGUGUGUCUGCCCGUUGUUAAGUACCUCGUUCGAUGAGGAAUGCGAGCACCUUGGCCCUGCCCAGCCUGGCGGCCUGGAUGUGCGGCAGCGACCACAGAGGGUGCUCACGGUGGAGCAGGUCCGGGUGACGACUCACCUGGCCAUCCACAACACAACACAACACAACACAACACGAAACAGCACAAGGCGACACGACACACACGCAUCGGUAAGAGAAUGAUGGCGUACGUGUCUGUGUGUGUCAGGGACGGGACGGGGCGUGGCGUACCAGUGUGUUGAUGCCUUUGAGGUUGCCCCUGAGUAUGGCGCAGGUGAGCACGUCGGUCAGCACCCACCGCUUGCUGGCGCGAGAACCCGCACCGAAGUCGAGAAACGUUUCCAACCAACCUGCACGCACACACGCUGCCUUAACUCCCCUCCCUCUCUCUGUCUGUGUCUCUGUGGCUCACUUGGGUUCUGCUGGUACGCGAGAAGUGUGGGCGUGUAGUGUGAGGGGUCCGACCAGUUGGGGUUGCCCCCCGCCUGCAGGAGCUUGAUAAUGAUCUCGUCAAUGUUGCAGCCAGACCCGUGACCACCGCCAGCAGCAGCACCCGAAGCAGCUGGGCCCAUGGUCUCCCUGUAACCGCUCCACCGCCGCGUGUGCGAGCACCGAGCCGUCACAGGACUGGCCACAGAGCUCUGGGCACCAUCCUGCUGGACGUCAGCAGGUGGUGGCGGUGGUGAGGGUGGGGGGUCACUGGUGGUGGUCUCGACGUCAGCGGGCGAGAGGGGGGAUGGCGGUGAGGGAGGGGAGGAGUGUGGGGCCUGGGUGCCGGCUGCAGCGGCCAGGGGGUUGGGGCGGUGGUGGCUGCGGUGGACCAGCAGGCGGCUGCGGCCCUCGCACGCUAUGAACAGGGGAGACUUGUACCUGAUUCAUGUGUGUAUCAGUGUCAGGGAGAGAGAGUGACACACGGACAUUUCGCAGGGGUCUGUGAGGGUGCUUGUGUACGUUUUGAUGGCCGGGGCUGCGGCGUCGAGGACCGCGCCGCGCUUGAUCAACAGGUCAAUCAUGUCGCAGUUCUCAUUCUGAACACCACAACAGCCACACACACACACACACAGAGAGAGAGAGAGAGAGAGAAAUCGUGAUCAACCGUGAUCUUGCCCAUGCACUCACUCACCCGAAUGGCGUGUUCCAUGGGCGAGAUGCAACUCAGCGAAUAGGGGUUGGGGCUGCCACCUGACACACACACAUACACACAUACACACAUACACACAUACACACAGACACACACACACGAAGAGGCAUCCAACGAUGUCUUCUGAAACACGAACUCUCCCUCCCUCCCUCCCUCCCACCGCCCCAUCCAUCCACCGUCGUACGUACCUCCCAUGAGCAGCGUGGUGCAGAUGUCGAGUUGGUUGGUCUCACAGGCGACGCUCAUGGGCGAGCGGCCGAGGAAGUCCCAGAUGUCGAGCUUGGCGCCUGCCGAGAGGAGGAGCUUGACCAUGGGGCCGUCUCGGUUCUCGAUGGCGACGGUGAGGGGGUAGGCCCAGCUGUCGCACUCGCCGUAGUGGCAGCUGCAGGGGCUGUUGACCAACACGUUGCCACCCUGACACACGGAGGGAUCAUGAGAUGGGGGACACAUGGCUAGAUGGAUGGCUAGAUGGAUUUUGUGUCGACGCACCUACCUUGUGUUUCAUCAGGUGCAGGAGGUAAUACUUCUUGAACUCGGUGUCCUCGGCAACCUCCUCCCACUUAACACAACAACACAGCGACACAACGCAGCGGCAUGUGUAUGUCUCUCUGUCUGUGUCACAGUCACACACGAACGACGCACCUUCUGCUCAAACGCUUGUAUGGCCCUCUCCGCCUCCCGGAGGUCCUUCCUGUGCACGGCCGCCUCGAAGGCCGCCCUGUGUGGCUCCAGCCUCACCUUGUCGAUGAGGCUCUUCAUCGCCCACGUGCCGCACAUGCCGAUACGCGGGUGCACCUUCAACGCUCGACUCCGCUCUAUGAUGAAAUGCGCUACCUGCACACACACACAGGGAGGGAGGGAUGUCUUAAGAGGCGCCCUCUGCUGUCUGUGCUCCCCCACCCUCCCCCCCACCCGGCUUGCUUACCCUUUCCACCGCCCCGAGAGACAGUCGCGUGAAUGCUCCCGAGAACUGGUGGAAUGCCGGCCACCUGUCCUUGGUGAGCUGCUCCAGGAUGGGGGCGCCCGUGAGGUCCUUGGAGCGGCAGCACUUCAUCGAGAGGUGCUCGAGUCGGGGCAUGUGUGUGGUCAGCAUGGUCUCCAGCCCCUUGUCGGUCAAAAAAUGGCAGAAGUCGAACGCCAGCAUGCGGACGUUGGUGGCGACGGUGCGCUGGGGGGUCUUGAGGGGCAGCGUCAAAAUGAGCGCGAUGGACGGAUCCUUGAGCUGGUUGAGCUUCGACAGGUUCAGCAGAGACUGGGCGGUCUCGUCAGUGACCGACAGCACCAGCGGCAGCACCUCGGUCGUCACAAAAGCGGGGUCAUAGCCCUGGAAACCUGCACACCAAUCAGUCAGUCACAAUGAAUGAAAUGACGGCAUCCUCUCCCUCUCUCCCUCUCUCCCACUGUCCCUCUCUCCCGUCAGUACCCACCGGAGAAGUUGAGCUGCCUGACGGUCCAUGUCUUGUGGUAGAGCCGUCUGCAGCACAUGCGCACCGUCAGCAGCGACCGCACGUCAUAGAACUGGGCGCACAGCCGCAGCAGCACCAGCGUCCACGUCAUCGUCUCCUCCCGCCCAGACGAAGCCUGCGACCCCUCCCCCUCCUCCGAAUCGUUGAAAGUGCCCCUGUCGCGCUUGUUGGCCUCCGAGUCGCUGUCCGUCAGGGCGUUGCUCUGGUUGGCAUGUAUCUGGCUCACACUCGGCACCGGGUGGAGCCGAUUGGUGAAGUGGGUCGAUAUCGACGUUUCCGACAUGAUGCUGUCGUGCUGCGGUAUCUGUUGGGUACGUCUUGGGUAGACGGG